AUGGAAUAGCAUGGAUGUGUAGAAACAAAACGACACCGCAACGAACCAAUAACAUAAGUUUUUCUCUAUCCUCGCGUUGGUUCGAUCUUCGAUUUCGGAACAACUGUGUAACUUUCUAAUAGGGUGUAGAAAGAAAAGCUCUUUUUUUUCGGUGCCCAGGCAGGUCUGAGAAAAUGGGUGCUGAAGAGACUGCCGCUUUGGCGGAUACCGUUGAGACGGGUCCAUCGACCGAUGACUUCGUCGCACUCAACUACUUGGCGCCGGGCGUAUCAAGCAAGGUAUACAAGUACAAAAGUCUGUGGUCCUUAGUCCUGGCUGUACCAUUUUUUUUUUCGCAAGCAGCGCGUCUGCAUGAAGAUGAAGUAAGUAACUCCGGUUGCAUGCAUGACGAUGACACGCAAGACCAAGAACGACACCAAGAAAGGUACUUAUCGUGAGGCAUUGAUUUGACAAAGCCUGUCAUUGUUUCUGUUUCACAUCCGGACAAAGCAACGAUUUGUUUCUCUCACACCAGAUUGCCCGCAAGCGCGCAGAGGAAAUGGAGAGAAGAAAGCGGAUACUCAACGCCAAAGUGCGCACGAUCGGCGUCGACAAGGAGACGCUCGACGCACAGGUCGCAAUGAAGAAGGAGUCCGACGCGUUUGAGAAGGAACUCACAAGAGCGUACUUGAUGCAUAGAUGCAUUUAUUCAUGUUUGCAAAUAAUUUCUUUGAAUUUUUCACUCAACGGUGAUGCUGGAUGUGAUUUGAGAUUGUCGAGAUGGUAAACCGCAAUUGAGUCCUGAUUUCUUAGAUUUUCUUCAUGCGAUUUUUUCUGACAUUGUGCAGAGGCAGACCAGUCUGUCACUUUUAGAUUCGAUCAUGACCAUGAUGAAGUUUCGACAUGAAAUGCAACAAGACGUUCAAACAAAAACAGGGAGGAAGAGGCCGUCUUAGCAGUGGAUAAUCAGUUGAAGAUGUUGGAGGUAGAGAGAAAAAGAUUGCACACCGAGGCUACCAGGGACGUCGUUGCAUGGAACGCAAAAAUGAAUACCAAAGAAGGCCGACGAGAAUACGCCCUGUCGGACCCAAAUCAACUGAAAAAGGAGAAGGCACUACCGGAUGAAAUGCUCGGAGUACUUUCAUUUUCCGCGUUGCCUGGUUUGAUAAUGAUACCUAUAGAGCUUUUGCAUUUUUCUUUUUGUAUGGAUCAUCCAUCACAAUACUUAGUUACUGUGUGUCAUUGACUCAGGUCUCAUCUUUGUGCAAAUUCGCGGGUGAGGACCCAGGAAAGGCGGUCCGUGUGAAGGCACAGCAUGCACAGCAACGCAAUUGGCUCGAGCAGCAGGUUUACGAGAAAAAAAUGCUUAGCGAACUCGAAAAAUCCAGCGAUGCCGACUUCGCAGCAUCACAGAAGGACUUGUUGUCGCUGAGGACGCGUAAUAUUUUGCACCUUGGAUAAUUCUUUUAGCUUUAGACAAUGUUUCUAUGUAUGUGAAUGAGUUGGUCAGUUUAUACAUUUGGGUUUUGAUGAAUGACUUCACCUUUGAAAAACAAAAAGCCCAGCGCAUGCACGAGAGAGAAAGAAAAAAUGAAAAUCCGCAACAGAAAUCGAGAAAGAGGAAAUCCAGUUACGAAAGGACGUCACCGCUUCGGCCCUUGAAUACAACGCAAACAAGAGGAAAGAAACAGAAGAAGAAAGAGAAAAGUACGUUAUACUCUUUUGUUCCUCUAUGAAAAUACUCCUCUUGAAAUAAUUUUGCCAAUUCAAUCAACAUCAAAUAAAAAUCAAAGUCCCACUUUGGUGAUAACCAAAAAAAUCAUUUCAAGGAACCGGUUCCAGCGCACUUUGGAGGAGAAAAUCGCGGACUACCGAGAAAACACUUUCAUCGCAACGGACCCCUUCACAAACGAAACCACGCCGCAGAUCUGCCCCAACGGGCGCAUCCGGCGAGACCACUUCCGGGGCCUCGGAAAGGAGUAUUACUACCACACUGCGGACGUGCAGCGGCACCAGGCAGAAUACGGCGCCGAGCUCGCAAAAGCGCUCGUACAACAAUUUGGCGCUGCUGUUGCACAAGCACUUCGACUUCUAUACGAUGAUUUCGUUCGUUUUGUUAAUUAUGAGAGUGCAUAAAAUGAAUUAUUGCAGUGAGUUAGAGCUAGAGGUUGAACUAGUAAAGCACUACCAUUACCCAUUAGAGGCUCGAACGCACUCGACCCUACUUCUUCUCUGACAACAGAAAGCGGAAGAUCUGGCCCACGAUGCUGUGGCGGAGGAAACGAGAAGAACGUUGGUCGGGUUGGAAAAGGAGAGGCUGAAAACCCACAAAGAAACUGUCUACGACGAACUCCACACGAACGUCAUCGACCCAGACAAAGCGAAGAAGAACAAGGUAUGGAUUGGUUUCAUAGUAGAACUAAGCCUCGAAUAAAACCGCAACUCGAAAAAAUAUCAAAGUGCCCCUGUGAAAGGUGUGACGAAAAUAAUGUAUGAGUAGAUGAAUCAAGUGAAACUAGAACUACUUCUUCGUUGACGUUGAGUAGAUGGAACGUUCGGGCAUGAUAAGGGAGGCCGUGAGGCGUGCCUGCGCUGUACUGACGUCCCGUACCGUGCGCGUUUUUCGCUGCCCUGUGUGGUCUCUCUGUCUUUUGACGUGAAGAUCUUCUCGAAAGACAUUUCUUUUCCCGUGGACAUUUCGCUCGCCUUGUCGCCGCCAUCAGGUUUUCUGUUUGCAUGGACGAACGCGACAUCGACAUUCUCAAACUUCUCAACCGACACUCUGUGCGGUGUCCGCAUAACAGGUCGAAAAAGCCGACCUGGACCGAUUCCUGUCGGGAUUCGGCUCCUCCUCGCGAUAGACUCAACAUGAGAUUGUUGAAAAGUUCUUGUUUGACUAAAAAGAAGAAUGAAUCGGAUUCGAACAUCGGAAAGAAGAUGCAGAAAAUCUACAUCUUCUCAUCAACACAAUCACCUACUUGCCCAUAACCAAUCGGCUUUGUGGAGCAAACUUCUACACGAGGGCAGGACGCAGAAACAUCCAUGUAUGAAAGCCAGCUAAAAUACAUUUGAUUGAAUGAAACCUCGCAAAAAAAAAUUGGGGUCGUCAGGCGUGAAGUUGUGAUAAACAAGGAGUGUGGGGCGGUUUGUUUUUCCGCGUUUUUUGGCAUCAUGCUACCAACGGUGCAUGCUGCAAUCGGUUUUUUUUUUCUAAGUUGGAGCGGCGAUGCGGGAGCGAUGAUGACGGGCUGUCUGUCGUUGCCGGAUUUAUCUGCGGACGUCGAACAAUCACAUAUACUGUGUACUAUUCAUGCCAGAGUCUUCAAUAAAAAUAUGAAAAACAAAAUAUAUCUCGCAAUGUAACAACAGGUGUCGUGUGGUGAAAUCUUACCAGAAUUCUUCAAGGGUUUUGGUGCUACCACCCGCUAA